AUGGCAUUCAUCCGAUCAACUGUGGUCGCAGUUCUUGCGACAGCGACCAUAGCAACAGCAGCAACAAGUGGAACAGGCAAAAGAGGUCUUGCAUAUAACAAUAAUAACGUUUAUGGCAACGCAUCCUAUGCGAAUGAAUUCUUUGCCAACUCGUCUCAAGUGACUUGGGGCUAUGAUUGGGGUUAUCCCUCAUGGAACCUAUCGUCUGUUUUCGAGUUCGUCCCUAUGCUUUGGGGAUUACCCUCCGGCAAUGAUCCAGAUUGGACGGCCGCAGUUAAGACGGCCGGCACAGUUAAUAUCCUCGGAUUCAAUGAGCCAGAUCUCACAUACUCCGGCUCCUCCAAUAUCCUCCCUGCCAACGCCGCUCAAGGCUAUUUGACCUACAUGCAGCCCUACGCCGACAUCGUUCGAAUUGGUGCCCCCAAUGUCCUCUGGAACAACUACGACAGCACUUCGUCUGGCGGUGAUUACAGCUCCCGAGUAUGGACAAGCUAUUUCAUGGGCAACUGCACUGGCUGCCAUUUCGACUUUGCUUGCAUUCACUGGUACCAGGACUGUGAACCUGGAAAUGGCGAGUCGGGCGCAGAUUGGUUCACAAGUAACGUCACCGAUGCUUAUAAUACGUUGCAAUUGCCCAUUUGGAUCACGGAAUUUCAAUGCUACGGAAGUGACGAUCAGCAGGCAACUUUCCUGGAAAGUGUUAUUCCUUGGUUGGACAGCCAGGACUACGUUGAGAGAUAUGCUUACUUUGGGGUCUUCCCUGACUAUUUGCUCGAUGAUGCUGGCGAUGCUCUGAGCGCCUCUGGACAAGCUUACGUCUCAUCAUAA